CUGAUAUUCCAGUGGUUUUCAGGAAUUUAAAUUCAGAUAAAACUUUGAACCAGUUCUGUGUUGGUGUUUUUAGUGUCAUUCUUUAAUCAGAACACUGUUUUAAUCUAUUUCAAGCCUUACAUGGGAAUUAUCUUUGUGAAAUUCUGGUAAAAAAACACAAGUAUGUCCCUUCAAUUUGAAGAUUGAAGAUAACCAAGUGAAGAAAAAAGUUCAUCUGAUUACAGAAAUAGCAGUGUUCUGUUAGUAAUAGUAAGGUUCUCUUUCAAGAUGCUGAAUAAGUGCAGCUAAACUAGUUGAUCAAUCAUUUUGUUUAUUGAGGAAGUGUUACAUGAGAUGAAAUUAUGUAAAACAUAGGUAUAAUAGAUAGAUACCUUUAUGUGAUUUUACACUUCAUUCAUAUUUUCAUUUGUGCAGGUACACCAUUCUUUGUGCUUAGAGCUUCAAAGACUCAUCGAUAGAAUUUCACUUAUAAUUUUAGAUAUUGAAUCUGCAAGACCAAAUUGCAAGUUAGCGAUGGAGGCAUUGUGCUCAUUAAAUCUCACUUUGGCUAGAGCCAAAUCAGUUAUCAAAGAUUGUUCAAAAUGCAGUAAACUUUACCUGGCAAUCACAUCCCGCAGGAUACUUUCAAAAUGUCAAAAACUAAGAAACGCUUUUGAGCUGUACUUGACAGAGAUUCAAGGUGCAGUUACAAUACCCUUGGCUGAUAAGAUAUCUGCAAUACUACAUGACCUUAGGAGUGCAAAAUUUUCCCUGGAAUUUACAGAAGAAGAGGCUAGGAAGGUACUACUUUCACUGUUUGAGAAGAAUUUCUCAGAUAAAGCUUCUAUGGAAAAGGAAGAACUUGAAGCUAUACAGAUUGCAACUUCUAGAUUGGAGAUCAAAUCUGCAUUUUCUCUCUUAGUAGAGAAAGCAACAAUUAAGAAUCAACUUGAUGAAGUGAAUGAAACAAACGCAAAGGAGAAGGAACUUCUAGAAUACCUUUUGUAUCUCUUGAUCAAAUAUAGGAAAACCAUUUGUCAGUUUGAAGAUGGAGACCACUCACCAACACAUGAUUUUCAUGAUCAAUCCUUUGAGCAUGAGUUGGUUGUUGAAGAAGCAUUAUGUGAGAAAAAAGUCAAUGAUGAAGUUGGAGAUUUAUGAUCAUUUGAUUCUUCAGGUUGUCUUACUUGUGUUUAUUGUUAGUGUCUAGUGUUCAUAAAAGGUGAUUUUUGAAUUCAAAACAAGCGUUUGUGUUUUGUUUUGUUAGGAUCCUAAUUGAUUGGAUUUGUCCCAGAGUAGCAGAGUGGAAUAAGUUUUAGGAAUUCAGUUUUUGUUUUUAUGUAAUUAUCUAAUCUCAGAAACAAUGACCCCUUUCAGAAAUUAGGGGUCGGAUCAUUUUGGAAAUUUGUGAU